AUGUCUCUACUCACCAAUUAUGAGGGGCUUCGGCAUCAAAUCGAGAGGUUGGUACGGGAAAAUGAGGAACUGAAGAAGCUGGUGCGGCUCAUUCGGGAGAAUCACGAGCUCAAGUCGGCAAUCAAGACACAAGCAGGUGCCCUGAACAUCAGCGGGUUCACCAGCGGGCUUGGUGAGGCGGCAACCGGCCCUUCUCAACAACAGGGUGUCUUCCUGACUCCGUCCCAGGCUGCAACAAAUGAACCUGUCCUGGAAGAAAUGGGGAUGAUGGCUCUGGCACCCCUGGCAGACAUGCUAAACAACCCACAGCCCAGCCCUGCUGCAGGCCCCAUCGUGAGCCCCCUGACGGGCCCUCUCAACACACUACUGCCCUCCCCAGGGCCCAUAACGCAGAACAGCGCGCUUGCCAGCCUCCUGACUGGACCCAACUUGAGUGGCCCCAUGGCAAACACAUUGGCCAGCUCCCUGGGCCUUCCUUCUACCGGCCCCCUGACUCCAAGCAGCCCUCUGGCGGGCCCCCUGGCCAUGUCUCAGAGCAACCCCCUGAUGGCUCCUAUGACAGGCACAGUGGCUGUCUCUCUGAACGGUCCCCUGCUCACCUCCACAACUGCCCCUUCAGGUGUUUCUCAAAACCUUCUGGCCAACCCCAUGAGCAAUUCAGCGCAAUCGGAGGCUCCGAGGGUGCGGCUGGCAGAGCCACUCCAAAGAUUCCCCUCUGGACCCCCCUCAGCUGGCUCAGGGCCUGCUGCCACCUCCAAAGUCCCACUCUCUACCGAGCACGCCCUGACAACCCAGGACCCUGAGCCCCUCAGCGUGACGUUCGUGGGCAGGCCCAUCCAGACCUCCACCCCUGUUGGCAACAAGACCUUCUCCUACAGCACCUCAGAUGCCCAGACCCAGCCGGGUGCCCCCCAGGGACAAGUGGCUCCUGCCCCUGUCCCCACCACCCCAAUGGCCUCUUCCACUGUCGAAGUCCUCCCCUCUGCCCCUGCUCACCAAGCUGCCACCAAUUACAGCCCCUCGAGCACCACCCACAUUGCCCAGUCCACCACCCGAGCACACCACUCCCCUACCAGGCCCUCACCCACCUCCCACUCCCCUCCACGAAACCCCCACUCCCCACCCCGAACCUCGUCCUCCCCUGCUUCUGUCAAUGACACUCGGGGCCCACGCAUCUCUGAAACUUGUCGGAAAAGCAUUCUGGACUUGGAGCGGAAGCUGGCCCACCGCAAGACCAGCAAGUUCCCUGAAAGCCCCCGAGAACCAAAGCAGCUGGCCUUGGAGAGGUUGGUGGGGGAGAUCGCCUUCCAGCUGGACCGUAGGAUCCUGUCCAGCAUUUUCCCUGAGCGGGUGCGCCUCUAUGGCUUCACUGUCUCCAACAUUCCUGAGAAGAUCAUUCAGGCCUCCCUGAAUCCUGGCAGCCACAAGCUAGACGAGGAGCUGUGCCAAACGCUCACACAGCGCUAUGUGAGCAUCAUGAACCGCCUGCAGAGUCUGGGCUACAACGGGCGUGUGCACCCUGCGCUGACUGAGCAGCUGGUGAAUGCCUAUGGCAUCCUGCGGGAGAGGCCUGAGCUGGCUGUGUCUGAGGGCGGCUCCUACACUGUGGACUUCCUGCAGCGAGUUCUGGUGGAGACCGUGCACCCCAGCAUGCUCACCGAUGCGCUGCUGCUACUCUCCUGCCUCAGCCAGUUGGCGCAUGACGAUGGCAAACCCAUGUUCAUCUGGUGACU